AAAUAAAAAAUUUAAAGAUCAAUUCAAUUCAAUCCAAUUUGUUUCUCUUCUCCUCCUCUCUAUUCAUAACAAUGGCUUCUUCCACUGCUAAUUAUCUAUCAGCCUUAAUUUUCAUCUUAUUUACAACUCUGCCAUUCUCCUCUGCUCUUCUCUCCUCUCCUAACAUCAACUCUCCUCCUAAAGCUAUUUCUGAUUUGAAGGAGGCAAUUGUAAAAGGAUUAGGGUUUCAAGCGGAUGAUUUUAAGAUAUCAGGGUUUGAUAUAAGAGAUGCAUUGGUAGGACAUGCAGUGGCAUAUGAAUUUGACAUUGAAGUAGAUAAUCAGGUGCUUCCGUUUAAGUUAUUGGAGGAUGUAAAUAGAUGGGAAUUUGUUGAUUUGCCAAUUUUUAGGGUUCAAGAAGAUGAAGGAGCUGUUGGCAUUGGUGAUGAUGGACACGGGUUAGUGGAGCGGAAACGGAAUCCGGAUAACGGGUUGCCGGUUUUGGCUCCGUUUCAGCUUGCUGGACCUAUGGAGAUCUGGAUUCAGGAUGCUAAGGAUAUGCGCAUUUCGUUGCCGCAUGAUGUGGAUGCGGGUGUCCUGAAGAAAGUAAUAUUAGCAGAUGGCGCUGUCGUUACAGUCGCGGGUGCUAGAUCAGUUAGCCUACGCCACCCGAUUGAUCUCCCGUUACCCCUUAAUCGAACUCAAAACGGUUUUGCCUCUGGUCUUCUAGCACUUGCGGAGCACCUCCGCCGUGCUUCUCACACAGAAGAAGCUCCACCCUUAUCCCUCCGCAUUGUUGGUCCCACCUCCCUCACUUCUCCGUCGUCAUCAUCAUCAUCAUCUUCCAGAAAUAGGCUCAAGCUAAGACGCCUCGCGCCAGGUCUCGUAGAGUUAUCCUCACCAGCAAAAUCUCAACCAGCCGAUGCUCUUGCGCCUGUUGAUUUCGGAGAAGGAGCAACUAUACUCACUCCGAAACAUUUCACCACAAUGUGGCCUUUCGCUUCUCUAAACGGCUCCAAUGCAAAUUUGGUCGGUUUCGAAAAACUGCUCGCUUCCGUCUUGGGUCCGAAGGCAAACAAGAAAGGCUCAUUUAAAUUAGUAAAAGCCGAUGUGUCGACACAGACAUUCGUGAAGAUCGGAUUUGAAGCUGAAAAGAAGUUGAAAGAAGGAGACGGUUUUGAUUCUCCGAGUUUUCCGGAAUGGAGAACGAAACCCGAGUCUGUCAGGAUGCAUUUCGAGGUCCUGGCUAAGGUUGAUGGUGAGAAGAUCGUACCGGAGAAGGUGAUGCAGGUGAACCCUGUGAUUAUUGAAGAUACUGUGGCGCCUAAUGUGCUUUUGGGGAAUGUGUCUAUGUCUAGGGUCCCUAUUGUUCAUCCACCAUCAAAUCCCUUCACCUUGUAAGUUGAUAGAGAGGGGUAUGGUUUUGUCCAACUUUUUGGAAGAUGCAAAAAAAAUUUCUUUUGUUUUUUUCUAGUUAAAUGAUGAGGAAUGUAAAUUGUAAAGAAGAAACUGUGCAUAUAAGUUAUAUAAAUAUAAAUAAUUUUAUUGAAAA